AUGACAGCAGAGGGUGAGGACAGCAGGACAGGGGCAGCAGCAGCAACAGCAGAAACAAAACCAGCACAGCAAGAGACCACAGGAGGGAGAUUGUGGAGGCAGAGGCCUGGCCUGAACUCCCGCCUGGACAAGCCCUUCCUCCUCUCCUUCCUCAGGGCACGCAAGUUUGACUAUGACAAGGCGAUGGCAAUGUUAAGAAGCUACUACAGAGCACGGCAGGGAGAACGCACCCUCUAUGUGAAUCUGGUGCCUUCAGCCCUGGAGUCAGUGUGGCCCCUGCACCUUCAGACAGUCCUGCCCACACCUGACACCCUGGGCCGCACCGUGCUUAUCUUCAGAGCUGGGGCAUGGGAUCCAGAGUCCGCCAGCUUGGACGAGGUGUUCCGGUCGCAGGUGAUGGUGCUGGAGCAUGUGGUGCGUCUGCCAGUCACACAGCUGAGGGGUGUGGCAGCUGUGGUGGACUGCGCUGGCCUCUCCAUGGGCCACGCAUACCACCUCACGCCGGCACACAUCAGGCGCAUGAUCUCUGUAAUACAGGAGGUGUUCCCGCUGCGGUUCAAGGCCCUGCACUUCGUCCAUGAGCCAGCCAUCUUUGACUGGGUGUUCUCCCUCAUUAAACCAUUCCUCUCGGAGACCAUCAAGGGCAGGCUACACUUCCAUGGGGAGGACCUGUCAUCCUUGCACCAGCACAUCCCAGCAGAGGAGCUGCCAGAGGAGGUGGGGGGCUCACUGGGGCCUCUUGACAACACCUUCCUUGUGGAGCAACUGAUGAAGAAUGAAGAGUAUUUUAGAGACCAUUUCCAGUAUGGCUUUGAGGCAACCCCAGAGCCAGCCAGGACAGGCGGCGUGCUGGAGGCAGUGACUGACGUGGGUUCCCUCCUGGGCAGUUACUAUCGGCGGAUUUGCAUUGACUAGUGCUACCGACCUGGCACUGGCGACGACUAGUGCUGGCAGGUUGAGAACUUGGCAGAAACAAGAAGUGGGAGGGGUGGGGACUUGAGUGUGUGUGUGUGUGUGUGUGUGUGUGUGUGUGUGUGUGUGUGUGUGUGUGUGUGUGUAAGGGUUAGACAAAAGUUCCUACACCCUCCCAAAUGCUCCCAAACACUCCUACACCCUGCCAAACACUCCUACACCCUGCUAAACAUUCCUACACCCUUCCAAACACUCCUACAUCCUGCCAAACACUCCUACACCCUGCCAAACACUCCUACACACACCAAACACCCAAGAAACACUCACAUAACCACCCAGAACAUUUGACUGGGGUGUGGGAACAGUGUGUGGGAGGGAUGGGAACUAGUGUGUGUGUGUGUGUGUGUGCAUGUGUGUUGUUCACCUAUAGUUGUCUGCUGGUCACUCAGCCAGCCGUUCCCCUACAGAAAGAGCUCAGAGCUUGUAUUGACUGAUAUUUGGGUAGGACUGAGUCCAUACACACCACACACCAGGACAGCCAGGUCACAACUCCUCAGGUUUCAUCCCAUACCUAGUUGCUGCUAGGUGAACAGGGAAUACACAUUAAGAGGCUCACCCACUUGCCUCACCGUGCCCAGGAGUCAAACCUGGCCUUUCUCGAUUGUGAGCUGGGCGUGCUAACCACUACUGUGUGUGUGUGUGUGUGUGUGUGUGUGUGUGUGUGUGUGUGUGUGUGUGUGUGUGUGUGUGUGUGUGUGUGUGUGUGUGUGUGAUUUGGGCGAUGCUAUUGCUGCUGUGUGUGUGUUUGUGUUAAAUGCAAUAGUUGUUUUGUUAGGUGUUGGUUAUUAUUGUUGUGAUUAUUAUUAUUAUUAUUAUUAUUAUUAUUAUUAUUAUUAUUAUUAUUAUUGUCAUUUUUAUUAUUAUUACUAUUAUCAUUAUUAUUAUUAUUAUUAUUAUUAUUAUUAUUAUUAUUAUUAUUAUUAUUAUUAUUAUUAUUAUUAUUAUAUAUUUUUUUAUUAUUAUAACUAUUAUUGUACUAUUAGCUGUGUUAUCAUGUGUGUGUGUGUGUGUGUGUGUGUGUGUGUGUGUGUGUGUGUGUGUGUGUGUGUGUUUGUGUGUGAUCUUGUUAUAAGUACUAUGACUAUGACUACUGCUAUUACUACUACUACUACUACUACUACUGCUACUACUACUACUACUACUACUACUACUACUAGGAGGAUAGGUGACUGUCCUAGCAAUGACUGUCUGUGCAAUACUCAGGGAUAAAGCAAGUAUGUGUGUGUGUGUGUGUGUGUGUGUGUGUGUGUGUGUAAGACAGAUACAGGUAUGUGUAUGUGUGUAUACUUCCAAGCCAUGUAUACUCAUAUAGAUGCAUGAAAUACAUACACAGGGUAGAGGAAAUGCAUACAUGCAUACAUACAUGGCAGUGCAGGGAGAGAUGAUCAUAUAUACACAAGAUAAGCACUUUUAUAGCAAUAAUACGUACAUACAUGUGCGUGUAGACAAUACUAUAGCAGUGUGUAUGUGUGUAUUUCAAUUUACACACACAAACAUACACACAGACAAUACUAGUGUGUUUAUGUGUGUGUUUCAACUUAAACACAAAAGCAUACAAACACACACAGACAAUACUGCAGUGUGUAUGUGUGUAUUCCAGCAUAGACAUACAAAUACACACACACACACACACACACACACACACACACACACACACACACACACACACACACACACACACACACACACACACACACACACACACACACACACACACACACACACACACACACA